GCGACAUUUGCGUUUCGGCAGAGCUAGGUCGAGGGUGGGUGUGCAGGCUUUCUUCAGAACUCAUGUCUUAAAGUUCUUGUUCAAGGUGCGAGAAGUCUGCAAGCUCAAGAGCUUUGUAGCCAGUCUGCAUCCCCCCACUUUUCCCUGGGCUGUGACCUUGGUAAGGCCUCGGCCUUGGCUUUCCAGUCUGUCAGAGGGGUAUGGCUGCACUGUAGUUCUGGGGUCGAGAUGUUUGGCUCACAGAAGUCUGCUAAAGUCAGCAUCAGGACUAGCCCUGUGUUGCAGGUACUCUCCAGCUGCAGGGGCCUCUUGCUUGUGGCUUCUCAGCUUGGCUGCUACUUUGGCAGCCAUCUGUGCCUCAUCUGUGCAGUCCCUGGCCUGAGCCCUUCUGAAUCUCACGAAUUUAAGACUCGUUUUCCCUCCACAUUGGUUCCCUUGUGAAAAGGAAGAUAGGCGGCAAGGACCACAGAAGUGCUGAUGAAGGACCACAGAAGCAUAUUUGUGAGUGGGCAGACAUGAAGUAUCAAAUGUGGGCCCUACAGAGCAACAGUCGUCUUUCAGAAGCACACAAAAGCAGGUGGACACCUCACCACCUCAGCAUACCACCAUGCACACACUUGUGUUCCUCAGCACAAGGCAAGUGCUCCAGUGCCAGCCAGCUGCCUGCCAGGCCCUGCCCUUGCUGCCCCGUGAACUCUUCCCCCUGCUGUUCAAGGUGGCCUUUAUGGACAAGAAGACAGUGGUACUGCGUGAGCUGGUACACACGUGGCCCUUCCCACUGCUUAGCUUUCAGCAGCUGCUACAGGAGUGUGCCCAUUGCAGUCGGGCCCUGCUGCAGGAGAGGCCCAGCACUGAGAGCAUGCAAGCUGUUAUCCUUGGGCUGACUGCCCGGCUCCACACCCCAGAAAUGGAGGCUGGCUCACAGCCUCUCUGCAGAAAGCAUACACUGCGGGUGCUGGACAUGACUGGUCUCCUGGAUGAUGGUGUGGAGCAGGAUCCUGGUACCAUGAGCAUGUGGGAUUGUACAGCAGCUGUGGCCCGGACAUGUAUUGCCCAGCAGCAGGGUGGGACCACUGAGCCAGGGCUGUCCCUUGUCCCUGUGGAGGUUCGUGUGGACCUGCGGGUGAACCGAGCCUCCUAUGCAUUCCUUCGUGAGGCACUCCGAAGCAGUGUGGGCAGCCCACUGCGGCUCUGCUGCCGGGACCUCAGAGCUGAGGACUUGCCCAUGCGGAACACUGUGGCCCUGCUGCAGCUUUUGGAUGCAGGCUGCCUGCGCCGUGUGGAUCUGCGCUUCAAUAACCUGGGUCUGCGUGGCCUGUCUGUCAUCAUCCCACAUGUGGCUCGCUUCCAGCACCUGGCUAGCCUUCGUCUGCAUUACGUGCAUGGGGACUCGAGGCAGCCUUCUGUGGAUGGUGAGGACAACUUCCGCUACUUUCUGGCCCAGAUGGGCCGCUUCACCUGUCUGCGGGAGCUUAGCAUGGGCUCUUCUCUCCUUUCCGGGAGGCUGGACCAACUGCUGAGCACUCUGCAGAGCCCCCUGGAGAGCUUAGAGCUGGCCUUCUGUGCCCUGCUGCCUGAGGACCUACAAUUCCUGGCACGGAGCUCCCAUGCUGCCCAUCUCAAGAAGCUAGAUCUGAGUGGUAACGACCUGUCAGGCAGCCAGCUAACACCUUUUCAGGGUCUGUUGCAGGCGGCAGCAGCCACACUGCUGCAUCUUGAGCUGACCGAGUGCCAGCUUGCUGAUGCCCAGCUGUUAGCUACACUGCCCACUUUGACUCGCUGUGCCAGUCUUCGCUACCUUGGACUCUAUGGUAACCCACUGUCCAUGGCAGGACUUAAGGAGCUGCUGAGGGACUCUGUGGUACAGGCUGAGCUUCGUACUGUGGUGCACCCAUUCCCUGUGGACUGUUAUGAUGGCCUUCCAUGGCCACCGCCUGCUUCUGUCUUACUGGAGGCCUCCAUCAAUGAGGAGAAGUUUGCCCGUGUAGAAGCUGAGUUGCACCAGUUGCUGCUGGCCUCGGGCCGGGCCCAUGUACUCUGGACCACAGACAUCUAUGGGCGCCUAGCUGCAGACUAUUUCAGCCUGUGAUUUCCAAAUUUCUGGGUGAGAAAUAGUUUAAGACAGAGCUUUUGCCUGGACUCUGCUGGAGGCCUGACACGAAGGUACUACUCAAGGUUUUCUGCAGGGUCUGCCGUGUUUCUUGAGCCGCCCUGCUUCCUGUAGUGCUCUUCAUUGCUCAUUAUCUAACUGAGUGUAGAGCAUUUCAGGCCUACCUGUGCUCUGUAUGGUUGUUUGGUUUCUCUUUGGGGUUGUGAGACUCUGCAGAUGAUCUUAGAAUCCCAGGUCUGACCUGAGAGAAACAGUGGGCUGGGCAUUUCCUGUCCUCUUUUCAAGAGUGCAAAGCACUGGCAUGGAAGUUGGGAUGGGAUCUGCCAUGCAAUUUAGGGCCUUGUACUAUGUUCCCUGCCCUGGCACCUGAAUCAUUAUCAGCUUACUGUGAGGCUGGAAGGUGUCAUCAUGGUACAAACGUGCAGUGUCUGGAA